AUGGUUCAUAUUCAUAAUACAGCACUGGAAAAGCAAUCCGAUGAUCAUUUUCAUCAUCUUGGAAUUACGAAAAAUUCAACUGAUCUUCCGAAGAUAUUUGGCGAUGUUAAGUUUCUCUGCAUGGGUGGAAGCAUGAAACGAAUGAAAAAUUAUGCGGAAGUAUUCGCUAAAGAAUUGGGUAUAAGUAUGUCUGAUAAUUUAAGUACAACUGAUCGUUAUUCAAUGUAUAAAACAGGUCAAGUACUUUGGGUUAAUCAUGGCAUUGGUACACCAUCAACAAGUAUUGUUAUCAUUGAACUAAUCAAAUUACUCCAUUAUGCAAAUGCAAAAGAUGUAGUAGCAAUACGAUUGGGUACCUCAGGUGGUAUUGGUGUACCACCUGGUACAUUGGUACUUACAAAUGGAGCAUUAAAUGGUGAACUACAUGACAAAUAUGUUCAAUGUAUUAUGGGUAAAAAGAUUUUACGAACAAGUGUCUUCGAUGCAGAAGUGUAUCAUCAAUUAUAUAAUGUAGCACAUCAAUUACAACUACCUGUUCAAAUUGGAAAAACCUUAAGUGCUAAUGAUUUUUAUGAAGAGCAAACAAGAAUGGAUGGUGCAUUUUGUGAGUAUACAGAAGAGGAAAAAUUUGCAUUUCUCAAUCAUUUGCAUAAAUUGGGUGUACGAAAUAUGGAAAUGGAAGCAUUAGGUUUUGCAGCAUUAUUUAAUCGUGCCAAUAUAAAAGCAGCAGUAAUUUGUGUUGCUUUAUUGGAUCGAUUGAAGAGUGAUCAAGUAUUAUUGGGACAUAAUGAUUUAAAUGAAUUUGAAAUGCGUAUUUUCAAAGUAAUCAGUACAUAUAUUAAACAACAAUUGAAAUUAUACUAA